UUCAUCACAAUUGAAUACUAUAUACUUCUAGUCUAAACCUAACCUUCAAUUUCUUUGCUUGAAUUAUCGAAUAUAAAUUGAUGAACCCCCAUCCCAAUCAAUUUGAUGCCACCAAAUGGAUCAAAGAAAGCAGCACUUGAUCACAGCAACCAUUCCAUUUCUGAUCAUUCUUCUCUGUUUGGCAAACAAGACCUUAGCAUCAUCACUGCCCGAUAAGAAGCACUUUGUGCUAGUUCAUGGGUCAUGCCAUGGAGCUUGGUCCUGGUACAAGAUCGUAACCCUAAUUAGGUCAUCUGGUCACAACGUCACUGCUCUAGACCUAGCUGCUUCUGGAGUUGACCCACAGCAAGCUAAUGAUCUGCAAUCAAUUUCGGACUACUUCAAGCCCUUGAGGGAUUUCAUGGAAGCUCUUCCACAACAUGAAAGGGCCAUCCUUGUUGGUCAUAGCCUUGGCGGGUUGGCCAUUUCUCAAGCCAUGGAGAGGUUUCCGAGUAAGAUUUCUGUAGCUGUUUUUGUUGCUGCUUUGAUGCCUGGUCCGAACCUCAACAUUUCCACUCUUCAACAAGAGUCAUUUCGGCGCCAAGAUUCUCAAUUGGACAGCCGAUUUACAUAUGACCAAGGGCCAAACAACCCUCCAACAACUUUCAUCUUCGGUCCCGUGUAUUUGGCAACUAAGGUCUACCAACUUAGCCCUAAGGAGGAUAUAGAACUGGCCAGUAUGUUAAUGAGACCACUACGUUUGUUUAGUGAAGAAGACAUGUCUAAGGAACUAAAGCUGUCCAAGGAGAAAUACGGGUCGGUCAACCGGGUUUGCAUAAUCUCAGAUGAAGAUUUGGUCGAAAGGAAAGAUUUUCAACUGUGGGUGAUUGAGAGAAAUCGCCCAAAUCGUGUGGUGGAAAUGAGAGGAUCAGAUCACAUGGUCAUGAUGUCAAAGCCAUUAGAGCUUUGGGGGCUUCUUCAAAACCUUGCUACAAAUUAUUCGUAACUAUUCAGUAAUUAUUGUAAAAUAAAAGCCAUGGAAUAUGGUUUCCAAUUCAUCAAGGUUGCACAGUAGAAGCACACAUUAUGUUUCAAAAAAGGGUUGCAUAGUUGCACACUUUCUUGAACUUUAGUGUGGUGGAUUGGUUUGAAUUAUUGGUAGCCACAGCUUCUGUUCCCCGCUGCAACAGAAAAUAAAGGAUACCAGUUUAAGUCGUC